UUCUUACCAAGCAGUCUUUUAAUACUGAUCCAUGUGUGACGCGUAUUUUCUAACAAUCAAUUUAUAUUACACGAUUUAUGAGCGUCGUUGUGGUUGUAAAAGAAAUUUUAUGUGUUUUUAAUGGAAAACUGUGAUAAGACUUUAGAGAGUUUUUUGUUUUUUGUUUAAGUAUGAAAAAACUGGUUUUAUUCAGCUGCGUUGGUGGAAAUUGUGGAAAACUCAAUCAGUUCUUAUGCUCUCUGUUGAUAUGUAUUCCUACGUUUUCUUAUGGAAACAGUAUAGGAUGGAUGUCACCAAUGACAUUAUUGUUGCAAUCACAAGAGUCUCCAAGGGAAACACCGCUAACAGAUUUAGAGAUCUCAUGGAUGGCUUCCCUUCCGUACAUUGCAUGUGUGCCAGGAACGUAUUUAAUGGCAUUCAUUGGGGAUAAAUUUGGAAGGAAAAAUGCUUGCCUAUUCAUGUCUGCUGUUGGUACAAUAAUCUGGAUCUUAAAGUUGUGUUCCCUGAAUUUUUGGGUAUUUGUUGUUGCUCGGACAUUAGUAGGCAUAACAAUGGCUGGAUCCUGCGUCACUUGUCCAACUUAUAUCAGGGAGAUAAGUGAAGACAGCAUACGAGGGGCCCUAGGAUGCUGGCCAUCCUUGUUCACUGCAAUUGGAAGCCUAUUUGCGUACAUUAUCGGAGAUUUAUUAAGUUACAACGCCAACUUGUGGAUAUUCACGUGCAUCCCAGCGCUACAUUUUGUGGUCUUUUUAAUGAUGCCAGAAUCACCAUCAUACCUUGUCAGGAAUGGUGAAAUGGAGAAAGCAACUAACAAUCUAUCAUGGCUUCGGCGACACAAAACCACAGAUGCAACGAUCAAACAAGAAUUAGAUGUAAUUAUGAAGGAACAAAAGAAAGAUGAAGAAAAUAAGCAGCUUAUGUUAAAAAAUAUUGUCUCUGACAAGAUACUCUUCAAGGCGUUCCAGAUCUCUUUGAUGGCUGCUUUAUCUAGGGAACUGUGCGGUGCAGUUCCUGUACUUAAUUUUGCUGGAGAUAUAUUUAACUUGGCUUCGAAAGAAGGCACAGGAUUGGUUAUAUCUCCUAAUCAGCAAGCCAUGAUGUUAGGAGUUGUACAACUGUGCGGGACAAUGCUAGCGUCCAGUGUGGUUGAGAAAAGUGGACGGAAAAAUCUCCUGUUAGUUACAACUCUCAUAUCAGGUGUGAGCAUGUGUUUGAUAGCCUCGUGGUUCCUCAUAAGAGAUUACAACAUCCACUCCUCAGCUUGGGUUCCCGUCAUCACGCUUUGCCUUUGUAUCUUCUGUGACGCCGCAGGACUUAUGCCAUUGUCCGUCGUAAUCACCGGAGAAAUAUUCUCUUAUAAGUACCGAGGUUCAGUGCUUGCAACAACAAUGGCCAUAGCAUCUGUAGCUGACUUCUUCCAACUGUUAUUCUUCAAGCCGUUAGCUAACUCCGUCGGCGUCUAUGCGGCAUUCUAUUUCUUCGGAUUAAUGUGCCUUCUAACUUCACUCUACGUUAUCGUUGUUGUCCCAGAAACAAAGAACAGACCUUUAGAAGAAAUCUAUGAUGAUUUACGUCCGGCUAAAGGUAGAGUAAAUAUUGAACAGAGACACGUAAUUUGAACAGCAAAAAUAUUAUUUUAAUUUCGUGUUAUUAAUGAAUUGAAGAACAAUUGAUAUUGUAAUUAUUACAGUUUACAGAAAUAAUAAAUGUAUGUCAAUUU